CAGCAGUAGUCCGGGAUGCGGACUGUGUGAUGCGGAGCUCUCCUCGGCCCCCUCUCCCGGCUCUCCCCGCUGGGAAGGAGAUGGAAGGUGCGGAGGAGGCGGCGGACUCCCGGCUCGGAUCUGUCUGAUUGUACGGAGGAGGAGGAGGGGGGAGGAGUGAGCGGAGCGCCGCACAUCAGAGGACCGGAGCGGACUGAUCCCCGGAGCCGGACCGGGCAGAGGAGAGGAGGCGGGAGGUCAUCAUCACCGCCGGGAGGGAUGAAGAGCCGGACUGACCCGAGUGCGGAGGGGGGAGAGACCGAGAGCCCGGCGGGGAAGGAGAAGAAGGUUUCCCCCUUCCUCAACAUCAAGAUCUUCCUGGUCUCCGAGUGUGCGCUCAUGCUGGCACAGGGGACUGUGGGGGCUUACCUGGUCAGCGUACUGACUACCUUGGAACGAAGGUUUAAUCUGCAGAGUGCCGAUGUGGGAGUUAUUGCCAGCAGCUUCGAGAUUGGGAAUUUGGCUCUUAUACUGUUUGUAAGUUACUUUGGAGCUCGGGGACACAGACCACGCUUAAUUGGAUGCGGAGGCAUAGUGAUGGCCCUGGGAGCUUUUCUUUCGGCCCUUCCUGAGUUUCUGACGCACCAGUAUGAGUAUGAAUCUGGUGAGAUCCGGUGGGGUGCGGAAGGAAGAGACUACUGUUCUCUUAAUGGUUCCUCUACGGAAGAUCUACCGGAGACCGAGAUUAUCUGCAGGAAUACUUCAACCACCAACAUGAUGUACUUGCUUCUCAUUGGAGCUCAAGUCCUCCUAGGAAUUGGCGCUACACCUGUACAACCUCUUGGAGUAUCGUAUAUCGAUGACCAUGUCCGGCGGAAGGAUUCUUCUCUCUAUAUAGGUAUCCUGUUCACGAUGUUGGUAUUUGGACCUGCCUGUGGCUUUAUCUUGGGAUCUUUCUGCACCAAGAUUUACGUGGAUGCAUUACUCGCAGACACAAGCAAGUUGGAAAUCACUCCAGAAGACCCGCGCUGGAUUGGAGCCUGGUGGGCCGGCUUUCUGCUUUGCGGUGCCUUACUCUUCUUCUCGUCCCUGCUGAUGUUUGGAUUCCCUCAGUCUCUCUCUACACAUAUGGAUCACGUCGAGGAGAGCGAGCAGACCAUGUUACCUGACCGAGAAUACGAGAGACCAAAACCCAGUAACGGAGUGCUGGCUCAUUCUUCCGAGUCAGGAGAGAGCGCUACCUGCUUUCAACAGCUCAGAGUCAUUCCAAAAGUCACAAAGCACCUGCUCUCCAACCCUGUGUUCACCUGCAUCGUCCUCGCAGCCUGCAUGGAGAUUGCUGUGGUGGCCGGCUUUGCAGCUUUCUUGGGGAAAUACCUAGAGCAGCAAUUUAACUUGACAACAUCAUCAGCCAAUCAACUGCUAGGUAUGACAGCAAUACCAUGUGCCUGCUUAGGCAUUUUCCUAGGUGGACUUCUGGUGAAGAAACUAAGUUUGUCUGCCCUUGGUGCCAUCCGAAUGGCAAUGCUGGUGAACCUAGUGUCCACAGCCUGCUACGUGUCCUUCCUCUUCCUGGGCUGUGACACGGGGCCCGUAGCAGGAAUAACUGUUCCCUAUGGAAACGUUAGUUCUUUGGCGUCUUCAUUAAACCACCAACCUCCAUGCAACACUGGCUGCGAAUGUCACAAUGACUCCUUCUCUCCUGUUUGUGGUGCUGAUGGCAUAACCUACCUGUCUGCCUGCUUUGCUGGAUGCAGAAAGUUUAAUCUGUCUGGCUGCACGUGUGUCAUGUCUGUCCCCAUGGAGAACAGCACAGUGGUUCCUGGAAAAUGUCCCAGCCCUGGAUGCCAGGAGGCCUUUCUCACAUUCCUGUGUGUGAUGUGCGUUUGCAGCAUGAUUGGAGCGAUGGCCCAGACGCCAUCUGUCAUCAUUCUUAUCAGGGCAGUAAGUCCGGAGCUCAAGUCAUAUGCACUGGGUGUUCUCUUCCUUUUACUACGUCUAAUUGGCUUUAUCCCUCCGCCGCUGAUAUUUGGAGCCGGGAUUGACUCCACCUGCCUCUUCUGGAGCACGUUUUGUGGGGAGCAGGGAGCUUGUGCUCUGUAUGAUAACGUUGCCUACAGAUACCUUUAUGUCAGCAUUGCUAUAACGCUGAAAUCUUUAGCAUUUAUCCUUUAUACCACCACAUGGCAAUGCUUAAGGAAAAACUAUAAGAGAUACAUCAAAAACCAUGAGGGAGGCCUCACAACAAGUGAAUUUUUUGCAUCAACUUUGACCUUAGAUAACCUGGGCAGAGAGACUAUCGCCCAAAAUAAAACGAACAGGACAAAAUUCAUCUAUAACCUCGAAGACCACGAAUGGUGCGAAAACAUGGAGUCUGUUUUAUAGUAGAUGGACGAGAUGGAUUGACUGUAGUCCAGGGAAGAAUUAUUUAUUUUUUAAAGGAAAAAAAUAUAUAUCAAAAUAUAUAUAUAUAUAUAUAAAUUAUUUCUUUCUGUCAGACCUAGUACAGUUUACUGAUCUAUAAGUUGAUGUUUGGAAAGAACAAUGCCGUUUGUUUUUCAGCCUUCAGCAUCUGAUCUUCCAGCGGGUUGGAUACACUAUCAAGUCUUUUUUUUUGCUUGUUUUUAUUGAAGAACCCACCAUGGGAUGUGAAGCUAAGCAAAACUGGCAUGGCUCCAGCUUCCUACUUAAUGGCACUGGGCAGCCCUCUCUUCUGAUUGAUACAAGUGCAAGGCAUUUGCUGGGUGGUGGCUGACAGCACAUUACACUUAAAUUCAGCUCUACCAUCUCUGUGAUUGGCAGGAAGAACCACACUUUAAUAAAUCCUAAUCAACCUAACGACUUUUAAAGAUGUGGAGAGGAAAAAAAAAUCUGAUUUAAUUUCCUUUUUGUUGCCAGAUUAUCGAUUGAAAUGUAACCCUGUACUGGACCAAUUCUUGUAUCCGAUGAAUAAUCUCUGUAAUGGUUCACGAAACCCUGCUUAAUAGAGUAUGAUCUAGUUUUUUUUUUCUUUGUCUUGGAAGAUUUUAGACUUCAUAAAAUGUAAUCAGAAAAUAUAUCUUCCCAACAAAGGAAAUGGCACCAUACUUUAUUGAAUAGGAGUCAUUAAUACUACUUAGUAUUAAUGCUAUGGUUGCUACAACACUCUUUUUUUUUUUUAAUAUAGAAGAAAACUUUCUUCCACUGUUAAACUUAGGGCUUUUCUGUGCAAAUGUAUAGAUUUAUUGGCCAAUGUGCUGAGCCGGCUGAUCCUCUGUUAAUGGGGAUUAAAGACACAGUUGGAGAUAUUUACGAGAACUGGUGCAUGUAGCUCUGCAAACAAAAAAAAAAA